AGAGAUUGGCAACAACAAUUUCUCUGGGCCCUUUCCUGAACCUCUUCUAGCGCAUAAGGGACUUCAAUCCUUUAACUUGGUGAACAACAGUUUCUCGGGAACCAUCCCGCAGCAACUGACAGCACUUGUUGAUCUUAAAGACAUCGCUUUGUCGAACAAUCAUUUCCAUGGAUCAAUUUCACCUGAGCUGUUUCAACUGCCUCAGUUGUACUCGCUGGAACUGGGAAACAACUUCUUCUCAGGUGGUCUUCCAGUGCCACUCAACGCGUCACCCACUCUUUUAAUUCUUAUUCUGGAGGGAAACGGCCUUACAGGCGCCUUACCGGACUUUGCUCGCUGGAAUGUCAGCCUCAACAUCCUGGCUCUCAACAACAACUUCACGGGAUCUAUUCCCGAUUCCAUUUCCUCGCUGACUGCUCUUGAGAGAAUCAUCCUGAACAACAACCAGCUCUCGGGCUCCAUACCAGCUUCCAUCUUCAACAUGACCAGCCUCAAGAUCCU